CUCUUAUAAAAACCCAGUGUUUCCUGACCAGACAAAGCAUACCAGAUCUCACCAGAGAGUGACCCUUGAUUGCCUCCUCAAGUCGAAGACACCAUGCUGCUUCCCAUGGCCCUGCCCAGUGUGUCCUGGAUGCUGCUCUCCUGGCUCAUGCUCCUGUCUCAGGUCCAAGGUGAAGAUCCCCAGCAGGAACUGCCCUCACCGCGGAUCAGCUGUCCCAAAGGCUCCAAGGCCUAUGGCUCCCACUGCUAUGCCUUGUUUACAUCACCAAAAUCCUGGAUAGAUGCAGAUCUGGCCUGUCAGAAGCGGCCCUCUGGAAACCUGGUGUCUGUGCUCAGCGGGGCGGAGGGAUCAUUCGUGUCCUCCCUGGUCAAGAGCGUUAAUCACGGCUACUCGUUCGUCUGGAUUGGUCUCCAUGACCCCACACAGGGUGCCGAGCUUGGUGAAGAUGGAUGGGAGUGGAGUAGCACUGAUGUGAUGAAUUACUUUGCAUGGGAGAAAAAUCCCUCCACCAUCACAAACCCUGGCCACUGUGGGAGCCUGUCAAGAAGCACAGGAUUUCUGAAGUGGAAAGAUUAUAACUGUGAUUCAAAGUUACCCUAUGUCUGCAAGUUCAAGGUCUAGGGCAGAAGAAAAGUCAGCAGCCUGAGUUUGGUGUGCAGCUCAUCAUGAGCAUACACCCAGAGUGAAGACUCACCUUGAAAGCGAAUAUGCUCCCCAAACACCUGACCACCUCGUCAUGAUCCGCCUUCUUUUUCCUUUCUCCUCGCCUUCAUUUCAGGCUCUUCUCUGUCUUCCGUGUCCCUGGACCUCAGAGAAUAAUAAUAAAAAUAUUACUUUAUACUUA